AAAAAACCCUAUAAUAAAAGAAUCCGAAUCUGACAAGUGAAAAUGGCAGUCGCAACUACAGUCUCUGCGAUCGUAUCGUCACCAACAGUCCGUCGAAGACUGCCCUUCGUUGGGGCAUUUUGCAUCCUGAGCUUGGGAAUCUCCAAUCUCUGCUCCCCUUCUCUUUCUCUCUCCUCCUCCAACACUCCUCCUACUUCUGCUCUCUCUCUCCCUCUCUUGAGAUCCAAGUUCAGUAGCCAAACACCUGCCAAUAGUAAUCACGGCAUAAAGAUGGAAGCCAAUAACAAAACUGUGCCGAGUAUUGUCGUCUAUGUCACUGUCCCCAACAAAGAAGCAGGUAAGAAACUGGCAGAAAGCAUAGUCAAAGCAAAACUUGCAGCAUGUGUGAACCGAGUACCAGGCAUUGAAUCGGUAUAUGAAUGGAAAGGAGAGGUUCAGACAGAUUCCGAGGAACUGCUUAUAAUCAAGACUAGGGAAUCCCUUUUGGAAGCUCUAACCGCGCAUGUUAAGGCAAAUCAUGAAUAUGAGGUUCCUGAAGUAAUUGCCAUGCCAAUAGUUGGCGGCAGCAUCCCAUACCUUGAAUGGCUCAAGAACAGUACGAGGGACUGAAUUCCUCUACCUCGGCAAUGGAGUUGCAGGAAACUAUCUAAUGUUCAGUGAAAUGGCAUUUUUCGUUCGUUUGUCAGGGGUCAUCCUGUUUAGUUGUACAUUCAUAUGGCCUGUGUGUGUGUGUGUGUGUGAGAGAGAGAGAGAGAGAGAGAGAGAGAGACUUGCUAUGGAACUGAUUAUCAAAUAUGUAUUCCAUUCUGAGCAUAAGGAAUUUGGCAUCCUAUAAGAAUUGUCUGUUCUUUAUGUUAUAUGGUCUUUCUUACUUCGGGAUAAAGCAAUAAAGACACGACUAAAUUUAAGGAAAAAAGAGUUUAUCAUUUGAA